AUGAAUACCCUCCUUCUGUACUAUGCCCUCCUACCUGCCCAUGCUUACUGUACCACUCUGCCUCUUUAAGCCCUGAUAGGCUGCUAAGUCCAUUAUUAUUCCUCCUGCAAAGAGCCUAGUGUGCCUCGGCAACAAAACACACCUGGUGACCCACUUUCUCAGUGUGUGUGUGUGUGUGUGUGUGUGUGUGUGUGUGUGUGUGUGUGUGUGUGUGUGUGUGUGUGUGUGUGUGUUUGUGUGUGUUUGUGUGUGUGUGUGUCUGUCACAGAUUGGAGAAUCACUCAAUCACUCAGGCUGUCAUUCAACCUGUCAUACUGUAUAAUUCUGACGUCAGCAGAACUUCACGAUCUAGGCCUUGAAGGUGCAGUUGUAUAUUCCUACAUUGAUUUUGAUAGAUGACAAUGCUGGUUUGAAAGACUGCUUUUUCAAUGUGCAGAGGCAAUGGAAACAACAGCACGCUCAGUAAGUAGUUUUUUGCUAUUAGAAAUCCCUGUAAAUUGUAUACUGACCAAAAAUAUAAACGCAACAUGCAACAAGUUACAGUUCAUAUAAGGAAAUCAGUCAAUUGAAAUAAAUUCAUCAGGCCCUAAACUAUGGAUUUCACAUGACUGGGAAUAUAGAUAUGCAUCUGUUGGUCACAGAUACCUUUUAAAAAAAGUAGGGGCGUGGAUCAGAAAACCAGACAGUAUCUGGUGUGACCACCAUUUGCCUCAUGCAGCGCGACACAUGUCCUUCGCAUAGUUGAUAAGGCUGUUGAUUGUGGUCUGUGGAAUGUUGUCCCACUCCUCAUCAAUGGCUGUGCGAAGCUUCUAGAUAUUGGUGGGAACUGGAACACGCUGUCGUACACGUCGAUCCAGAGCAUCCCAAACAUGCUCAAUGGGUGACAUGUCUGGUGAGUAUGCAGGCCAUGGAAGAACUGGGACAUUUUCUGCUUCCAGGAAUUGUGUACAGAUCCUUGCUACAUGGGGCAGUUCAUUAUCAUGCUGAAACAUGAGGUGAUGGCGGCAGAUGAAUGGCACGACAAUGGACCUCAGGAUCUCGUCACGGUAUCUCUAUGCAUUCAAAUUGCCAUCAAUAAAAUGCAAUUGUGUUCGAUGUCCAUAGCUUAUGCCUGCCCAUACCAUAACCCCACCGCCACCAUGGGGCAUUAUUUUCACAACGUUGACCACAGGAGGUUGGUGGCACCUUAAUUGGGGAGGACUGGCUUGUGGUAUUGGCUGGAGCGGAAUAGGUGGAAUGGUAUAAAAUACAUCAAACACAUGGUUUCCAGGUGUUUGAUGCCAUUCCAUUUGCUCCGUUCUGGCCGUUAUUAUGAGUCCUUCUCCCAUCAGCAGCCUUCUGUGACGUUGACAUCAGCAAACCACUCGCCCACACGACGCCAUACACAUGGUCUGCGGUUCUCAGGCAGGUUGGACGAGGCUGCUUAUGGUAAAGAAAUGAACAACAGCUCUGGUGGACAUUCCUGCAAUCAUGCCAAUUGCACGCUCUCUCAAAACCUGAGACAUCUGUGGCAUUGUGUUGUGUGACAAAACUGCACAUUUUAGAGUGGCCUUUUAUUGUCCCCAGCACAAGAUGCACCAGUGUAAUGAUCAUGCUGUUUAAUCAGCUUCUUGAUAUGCCACACCUGUCAGGUGGAUGGAUUAUGUUGGCAAAGGAGAAAUGGUCACUAACAGGAAUGUAAACAAAUUUGUGCACAAAACUUGAAAGAAGUAAGCUUUUUGUGGAUGUGGAAAAUAUCUGGGAUCUUUUAUUUCAGCUCAUGAAACAUGGGACCAACGCUUUACAUGUUGGUUUAUAUUUUUUUGAUCAGUGUACAUAGUAAAAGUAAGUCUGCCACUGACUGGUGCGUCUACAUGUCGUCUUGUUAUCUCCAAGCAGCCUCUUUUGUCAUGGCACCUGGGGGAUAAUGUCUCACGCACACUCCAUACGAAUCAUGAAAACCAUGAUUCAGUAUAUGCUGUCAGAGGAUGUGAGCAAUAGAGUGUGUCGUCUAACGUAUGUCUCUUUUUCUGCCCUCUCUCUUUCCAUUUAGCUGGGGAUAAGUGUCCGGACCACAUAGACUGUGCCCGCGCGGGGCGGCACUUCUGCAAACCUGGCACAUCCUACUGCGGUCCAUGUCUCAAUCCAUUGGACGAGAACGAGGAAGGAUUGUGUGUGGCAAGGAAGAGGCGCCAUCACUAUGGUAUGUAGGUCUGGCCAUUACACAGUCCACACACAUUAUGCACACACAAAUGGCCCCGCAAUCUCCAUUAUAAUCAAGGUGAUUUGGUUCAUUUAUGACAGAUGUUAUUGAAUGUAUUUGAUGAAGCUACUUCAACAGAUAGGGAUUCAAGUUUAAAAAGGAGAGUUCUGCACAGGGUAUUUUUCUAUGUGCAGUGGACAUCAAUCAUCUUCCCUGCCCUGGUUGUGGUUGCAUCCCAAAUGGCACCCUUUUCCCUACAUAAUGCACUACUUUUGACCACAGCCCUAUGUAGUGCACUAUGUAGGGAAUAGAGUGCCAUUUGGGACACAAGCCUGUGUCAAGCGACAGAUCUCUAAGCAUCCAGACAUGGCUAAGGGGCUUUGGUCAAACACAGUCAAACUAAGUGGUUAAUGAGCUAAUGCAGAGAUGCUGCUGUUUAAUCGGAAGCCCUGCAGUGUGUGUGUGUGUGUGUGUGUGUGUGUGUGUGUGUGUGUGUGUGUGUGUGUGUGUGUGUGUGUGCCUUUGUUCGCGUUGCAGCCAUGAGUAACUGCUUUAAGAGUGGGUAUAGUGAGCCACACAGUGACACAGACUGUGUACACCACUGGCCGCAGAGAAAAAGACAGGAAACCCUCACUCCUCCUCUUUCUCCUCCUCCUUCCUCGCUCUCUCAGCCCCCUCCUUGCUUACCACAUUCACUCUCAAUCUGCCUCUUCCUCUCAUUCAAUGCUCCUCUUUCCUUUACUCUUUUGCCCUUCCUAUCCAUUCCUCUCCCCCUUCUCCCUAUCGAUCUCUCAUUCCUCUCUCUCCCUUGAUCUCUCCAUCCCUCUCUCUUUCACUCUGCAUCGAUCUGGCCUUAUUUCUCCCUCUCUCUGUGUGCUAUAGUCUAAUCCCCCCCCCGCUGUCCACACCCAGCUAACAACAAACAUUCCCACAACUUUAGAGAAUGUUCUCUUAAGUCUCAUUAGGUCAUUAACGUUUUCGUAGGAAUGUUCCAAGAGACCAUUCCCUUAAUGUCAAAUAGAACUUACACAGAACGGUUGACAUGGUUGGCAUGUUCUCAGAACAUAAGAUAUUAAUGUUCUAGAUAUGUUCCAUGGGAACGUUGCAAAAACAUUCAUGUGUCCAGUUUUCUGUGGGUUAAGAGAAUAUUCCAUCAACAUCCCACCAAACAUACACAGAACAUGGUUGCCAUGUUUUCAGAACAUAAGAUAAUGUUCUAGACAUGUUUGAUGGGAACAUAGCAGGAAUAUUUCUGUGUAUCAGUUGUCAGGACGUUGCCUGAUGGUCCCCCCAAAAUCACUGUUGCCGAGCCAAUCAAGGCCCUGAUCUGUGAACCACUGAUACAUUCAUAGCUCUUUGUCUGUUGGCAAGGUUAGGGAUACUCACACACACAGUGCUUUUAAUUUACAUAUUUGACUCACUUUGAUAUAGAUGAUUACAUUGUGCAUGUUGAUUUAUACAGCAAUUAUUAUUCAUGUUCCUCAUCUAUGAUUUGAACUCACAACCUCUUGGUUCACGGUACUCCGAUCUUCCUGCUACACCUCCAUGUCUGUGUCAAAUAUGAGUUAAUCUGACUAUUCUCUAAUCAUUGGUUUUAUUUACUUAUUUCAGCAAUUUUUCUGUAUAGCUUCUGUAUAGUGGGACAUGUUAACCUGUUUUAAUGAUACUCCUGAAUCACUAUGAUCAAAACAAAAACAUUUUUGAGUGUACUUUUAACAGAGCUGAGAUUGACUUCAAAGUGCAUUCACCCUAUAGCUUUCAACUAUCAAGUUGUUUCAGAUCUACAAGUGCCUAGGGAGGAGGGGUUAGGGUUUAUUCUGGACAGGGCCUAAUUAUACGGGCCCAAUAAGCACAUCCUCUAGAGAUAUUCCUUAUUGGGACAGUGGUUAGGGCGUUCAUCAUUGGUGCUGGCGGCCUGGGUUCUAGACUCGAUAGGGGAAUCACCCUAUUCUCACAUUCUUAGCAGUAUAUGUAAAUGUCAUUAUUUGGCAGAGGUUACAAAACACCUAUCUAAUUAAAAUGAGUUUCUCAUUGAAAGAUGGGAAUCUGUAGGAACUUUUAUUGAUCAUAGUGAUUCAGAAGUAUUAUUAAAACAGGUUAACAUGCCCCACCAACAUUAGUGAACUAUACUGAAAGCCCUUAAAUUGCUGAAAGAAGUCAAUCAAAUCAAUGAUGAGAAUAGUCAGAUUAACCGAUACAUGACACAGACAUGGUGCCGUAGCAGGAAGAUAGGCGUACCGUGAACCAAGAGGUUUUGAGUUCAAAUCCCAGAUGAGGACUGUUGAAUAAUAAUUACUGUAUAAAUUAACAUACACAAUGUAAUCAUGCACAUCAAAGUGUGUCAAAUAUGUAAAUUGUAAAACUGUGUGUUUGAGUAUCCCUAACCAGGGAUCAGGGCCUUGAUUGGCUCUGCAACGUUGUGGAGAACGUUUCUUUGGGACCAUCAGCAACGUCCUGACAACUGAUUCACAGAAAUGUUCUUGCAACAUUCCCAUGAAAUGUGUCAAUAACAUUAAUGUCUUAUGUUCUAAGAACAUGGCAACCAUAUUCUGUGUAUGUUUAGUGGGACGUUGAUGGAAUAUUAUCCUUUCCCACAGAAAACUGGAUGCAUGAAUGUUCUUGCAAUGUUCUCAUGAAACUUGUCUAGAACAUUAAUACCUUAUGUUCUGAAAACAUGGCAACCAUGUUCUGUAUAUGUUUGGUGGGACAUUGAUGGAAUAUUUUUCCAACCAUCGUGAAAUUGGACACGAGGGUUCUUGCAACGUUCCAAUGAAACGUGUCUAGAACAUUAAUAUUGUAUAAUCUGAGAACAUGGUAACCACGUUCUGGGUAUGUUCUGUUUGACAUGAAGGGAAUGUUCUCCUAACACUAAUGCUAAAACAUGCUAAAAAGGUUCUCAGAAGGUUCCUGCUAACAUAGAUAGAAUGUCCCCUAACUAACGGUAAACUGGACACUCAAACAUUAGAGGAACAUUGCGGGUAACAUUACAAAAACGUUCUCUCUCCCUAGAAUUGUUAGCUGGGCAGACACAUGCAACCCCCGCACAUGACCACCGCCUUUAAUCACCCAGAGUACUGCAUGUAUCUCUCUCUCCUCCAUCUCUCUCUCUCUCUCCCUCUCCCUCUGUCCCCCUAUCUCUCCCUUCCAUCUCUCUCCCUCUCUCUCUGUCACACUCUCUCUCUCUCUGUGUGUGUAUGUAGUGUGAGGGCCAGGUUGGCCUUCGGGUUGUUGUGUGUUGGUGUGGUGCUGUGGUGUGGUGCUGUGGUGUGGUGUUGUGGUGUGGUGCUGUGGUGUGGUGUUGUGGUGCUGUGGUGGUGUGGUGUUGAGGUAUGGUGUGUUGUGAGUGCUACAGACCACUGAGCUAGGUUAAGCCUCUUACAUAAUCCUGAGAGGGUGAGGGCCGGCUCGAACAGACUGACCCUGUAGGUGUAGGCAACCUAGCUCAUCGUAACAGCGCCUAUGUACAGGAUUAGGUGUACUUCAAUGGAGAUUUACUCCAAAUCAAAGCCUUACCUUUUACGUGCUAAACAUAUUUGUUCUUAUUUUUAGCAUCAUUUUAUGUCUUAUUUCCAUAGGACAUAUCCAUUGAGGCAGGUUAUGGAUGUUUUUUCCAGUACGGAUAUAGACAUGCGUGUUGUACACGGAGAGAUAAACCCAUCCAGACACAGUGGGACCAGAGAUGGGCUUACUUGGGACCUAGAGAAGUAGAAACUGAUACAUUAUUCAAUCUGGCAGCCCGGAUGUCUUAGACUAUGCAUGAGAGAGCAGCAGGAUGAAAAGAGGAAGCAAACACACUCCACAGCAACAUGUAAUACACACAUUUACACAAACACACUCCACAGCAACAUGUAAUACACACAUUUACACAAACACACUCCACAGCAACAUGUAAUACACACAUUUACACAAACACACUCCACAGCAACAUGUAAUACACACAUUUACACAAACACACUCCACAGCAACAUGUAAUACACACAUUUACACAAACACACACUCAUACAUAAGCAUACUUCGUCUUGUUUUCUUUUUCACAAGCACACACACACACUGAUACACAGAUAUGUGAGUGUAGGUGCCAUGCUUUGUAUGUUGGUAGGUACAAUAUGUAUACUCUCAGAAAGGGAAGAGUAGUACUGUUAUUCAUUGGUUUUACAGUGGGCGCCAUGAUGGCCUGAGGAGCAGAGAUGAGAGGGUAGGUAACUUCCAGUAGCUAGGUGAGUACAGUUAGUGAACAGUACUCUUUGUGUGUGUAGGACAAGCCUGUGUUUGACAUCAAGGCGUACACUCCCAUAGGUAAACACUCCUUGCCUUGGAGCCUGGGCUUUGUCUGGUAAUAAGGCUGACAAACAGUCCGGAGAACUGGAUAUAUAUACACAAUAUGUACUGAUGGCAGAGCUGUACCCAGAAACAGGAAAUGUGUAUAUAUAUGUGUGUGUGUGUGUGUGUGUGUGUGUGUGUGUGUGUGUGUGUGUGUGUGUGUGUGUGUGUGUGUGUGUGUGUGUGUGUGUGUGUGUGUGUGUGUGUGUGUGACUGUAUGUGUAUUGACUGCGUCACUUCCCGUCCAUCUACACUACCGUUCCAAAGUUUGGGGUCACUUAGAAAUGUCCUUAUUUUCGAAAGAAAAGCAAAUUUUGUUUUUCAUUAAAAUAACAUCAAAUUCAUCAGAAAAACUGUGUAGACAUUGUUAAUGUUGUAAAUGGCUAUUGUAGCUGGAAACGGCUGAUUUUUUAUGGAAUAUCUACAUAGGCAUACAGAGGCCCAUUAUCAGCAACCAUCAGUCCUGUGUUCCAAUGGCACGUUGUGUUUGCUAAUCCAAGUUUAUCAUUUUAAAAGGCUAAUUGAUCAUUAGAAAAGCCUUUUGCAAUUAUGUUAGCACAGCUGAAAACUGUUGUGCUGAUUAAAGAAGCAAUAAAACUGUCCUUCUUGAGACUAAUUGAGUAUCUGGAGCAUCAGCAAUUGUGGGUUCGAUUACAGGAUCAAAAUGGCCAGAAACAAAGAACUUUCUUCUGAAACUCGUCAGUCUAUUCUUGUUCUGAGAAAUGAAGGCUAUUCCAUGCGAGAAAUUGCCAAGAAACUGAAGAUCUCGUACAACGCUGUGUACUACUCCCUUCACAGAACAGCGCAAACUGGCUCUAACCAGAAUAGAAAGAGGAGUGGGAGGCCCCGGUGCACAACUGAGCAAGAGGACAAAUACAUUAGAGUGUCUAGUUUGAGAAACAGGUGCCUCACAGGUCCUCAACUGGCAGCUUCAUUAAAUAGGACCCGCAAAACACCAGUCUCAACGUCAACAGUGAAGAGGCAACUCCGGGAUGCUGACCUUCUAGGCAGAGUUGCAAAGAAAAAGCCAUAUCUCAGACUGGCCAAUAAAAAUAAAAGAUUAAGAUGGGCAAAAGAACACAGACACUGGACAGAGGAAGAUUGGAAAAAAGUGUUAUGGACAGACAAAUCGAAGUUUGAGGUGUUCGGAUCACAAAGAAGAACAUUUGUAAGACGCAGACCAAAUGAAAAGAUGCUGGAGGAGUGCUUGAUGCCAUCUGUCAAGCAUGGUGGAGGCAAUGUGAUGGUCUGGGGGUGCUUUGGUGGUGGUAAAGUGGGAUAUUUGUACAGGGUAAAAGGGAUCUUGAAGAAGGAAGGCUAGCACUCCAUUUCGCAACACCAUGCCAUACCCUGUGGACGGCGCUUGAUUGGAGUCAAUAUCCUCCUACAACAGGACAAUGACCCAAAGCACAGCUCCAAACUAUGCAAUAACUAUUUAGGGAAGAAGCAGUCAGCUGGUAUUCUGUCUAUAAUGGAGUGGCCAGCACAGUCACCGGAUCUCAACCCUAUUGAGCUGUUGUGGGAGCAGCUUGACCGUAUGGUACAUAAGAAGUGCCCAUCAAGCCAAUCCAACUUGUGGGAGGUGCUUCAGGAAGCAUGGGGUGAAAUCUCUUCAGAUUACCUCAACAAAUUGACAACUAGAAUGCCAAAGGUCUGCAAGGCUGUAAUUGCUGCAAAUGGAGGAUUCUUUAACGAAAGCAAAGUUUGAAGGACACAAUUAUUAUUUCAAUUAAAAAUCAUUAUUUCUAACCUUGUCAAUGACUACAUUUCCUAUUCAUUUUGCUAUAUUUCCUAUUCAAACUCAUUUCAUGUAUGUUUUCAUGGAACACAAGGACAUUUCUAAGUGACCCCAAACUUUUGAACGGUAGUGUAGGUAAUUCCACCUUGGUCAUCAACAGCAUCUAAAGCUGUGGUCAGGCUGACCCCUCCAUAGACCUAUAGGCUAAUAAUAAGUUAGGACAUUGGGAACAGGGAGACCCUAGAGAUGAGGAGAGAUGGGGAGCGGGGAGGGAUGACGCACAGAGGGCUAACCUAACAGAGCCUGAUGAGAGCUGUUGACGAGUUAUUAGGAAUCAGGCAUGUUAUUGAAUGUCAUGUUAGUAUGACAAGGUGAUUCCUUGUGGCAGUCUGACUAUGUUAGUCAUGAUGGGAAAUGUAGUCAAUGGGCACUCAAAGAAACAAAUAGUUAAGUCUGUGAUCUUUUUUAAACAUUUUAUAUUCCCAGUAUGGUGUUUGGGUUAGAGGGAUGAAUAUAUAACUUGAAAAGUAGUGUUAUGCUGUGUUUUUCACAUAUGUCCAUGGUUUUGCGUAGCUACUGCAAGUGUAAACAUGGAGAGAGAGAAAUGUGUUGUUGCAGUGUUGAGGAUGGGAUAGUAUGGAUGUUGACCAAGUACCUCUGACCGGAAUAUAGACUCGGGCCAGCAAGCUUUGCCAUAUGUGGUCAAGAGGAAGCCAUAGCUACUAACAUUCUAGAGCAUGUUCUUGCCCAUAUAACCUAGUGCACCAUAUUGGAGGGCCUAUUGAAAAUACUUACCAGUGCAUUGUUCACAUCGCCACAAGAGGGCAGCAGUAGUCCCUAAGAAUGACCCCCCCUGAGAAAUAGAAGUCAGUGAGAUCAACUGUAAAAUUGGAAGCCAUGUAGUCAUCCGGUAAUCUAUACUGUUUGGUCAUGUGUGAGUCUGAAUUCAACUAUUAGGCCAGAUAUUAUUCUGAUUCAACCUGGUAAACAAUUAGAAAAAGUGUCAGUAAGUUUAAUUUACCUAUUCGGUCGAUAGCCUAGCGGUUAAGAGUGUUGGGUCAGUAACCAAAAUGUUGUUGGUUCAAAUCCCUGAGGCGACUAGGUAAAACAUCUGUUGAUGUGCCCUUGAGCAAGACACUUAACCCUAAUUGCUCCUGUAAGUUGCUCUGGAUAAGAACAUUUGCUAAAUGACUAUAAUGUAGAUACUUUCACUCAGUGUUCCCUUAAAGACCCUUUCACAAACAAAGCAGGGCAGCCCCUUUGACUGGAAAUACAAAUGACAGUGUGUGUCUUUAUGUUGUAAUGAGAAAUGAUCAGUAACUGAUUGUGUUGUCCUGGUGUAGCCAGGGUGGGGAAUGGGAGAUUACAAAUGGGCUGUAAGUGGAAUAAGAGAACCUCACAGAUGGGUGUGAGUCUGAUUCACUGUUUACUUGUUUAGUGUUUGUUUGCAGUAACUUAUCGGGGGGGUUAGGGGUAAUUAUCAAGUUGGUGCCAAAACCUGCUCUCCGACGCAGGGAGAGGUGCAUGCUUAGUCAGUGUGUGAGGUUCUACUGAGACGUCCAUUUCCCCAUUCUUGCUGUCUCUAUGUACUAUACACUCUCACUCAGACAAAAAACAUACAAAUACCCUUAUGCUCCCUUUUCUGUGGUUCAUGCUCACUGAUUCUUGUAUGUACCCUCUCACUCAUGUACUCAUACCAACACAAUAUCUCAGGAAAGUUCUCAUUUUCUUUCUUAUUUUAUCAUUUUCGUCAAACUUUGCAGUUGGCUAACGAAGUAGGGUAGAAAUAGUGCUCUUGCUGAGUAAACUGGCACACUUGGAGCCCUCCACCACCUACAAAGUCCAGAUGGCAUGACCCGCCCCCACUGACACCUGCUGUGGAGCACACUAAAUGUCCAGUGAUAGAGGGGAGUGAGAAAGUAACCAAGCACAGAGUGAAAGUGCUGCCACAUCAUAUCACGCACAUUACCACCGCCAGAUGGCCACCCUUCUGGAGAGGACAACGCCUUAAUCAUUAAUAAGACAGAGCUCACGCUAAUACAAACACAGUCAGACAGCACUAAGCAUAUUCAGCAAAGUGGCUCAGGCGGUGAUAUGGCUCAUGAUGUCUCACUACAGUAAUUCAAUAUUAAAUCUCAAUCUUAUUUAGCUCAUCAUGUAAACAGUGUACCCUGGUCUUUUGGAGGAACCUGCUGCUUUUCAACUGUAACACCAGUGUUACACUUGUGUAUACACCCUUAUGUUAUACUAGGGAAAUUAAUGUUUCCAUAGCUAGGACUGACAGUGUGGACUUGUGAAGAGCAGAAUCAGCAACUCCUCCAGCAACUCCUGUACUCCCUGUUCACUCAUGACUGCAUGGCCAGGCAUGGCUCCAACACUAUCAUUAAGUUUGCCGAUGACACAACAGUGGUAGGCCUGAUCACAUACAACGACGAGACAGCCUAUAGGGAGGAGGUCAGAGACCUGGCUGUGUGGUGCCAGGACAACAACCUCUCCCUCAAAGUGAUCAAGACAAAGGAGAUGAUUGUGGACUACAGGAAAAAGAAGAGGACCGAGCAUGCCCCCAAUCUCAUUGACGGGGCUGUAGUACAGCAGGUUGAGAGCUUCUAGUUUGUUGGUGUCCACAUCACCAACAAACUAAAAUGGUCCAAGCACACCAAGACAGUCGUGAAGAGUGCACGACAAAACCUAUUCCCCCUAAGGAGACUGAAAAUAUUUGGCAUGGGUCCUCAGAUCCUCAAAAGGUUCUACAGCUGCACCAUCUAGAGCAUUCUGACUGGUUGCAUCACUGCCUGGUUGCAUCACUGCCUGGUAUGGCAACUGCUCGGCCUCCGACCGCAAGGCACUACAGAGGGUAGUGCGUACGGCCCAGUACAUCACUGGAGCCAAGUUUCCUGCCAUCCAGGACCUCUAUACCAGGCGGUGUCAGAGGAAAGCCCUAAAAAUUGUCAAAGACUCCAGCCACCCUAGUCAUAUACUUUUCUCUCUGGGUCCAAGAGGCUUCUAAACAGCUUCUACCCCCAAGCCAUAAGACUCCUGAACAUCUAAUCAAAUGGCUACCCAAACUAUUUGACUACUUUUACGCUGCUGCUACUCUCUGUUUAUUAUCUAUGCAUAGUCACUGUAAUAACUCUACCUACAUGUACAUAUUACCUCAAUUACCUCGACUAACCGGUGCCCCCGCACAUUGACUCGGUACCGGUACCUCCUGCAUAUAGCCUCGCUAUUGUUAUUUUUUACUGCUGCUCUUUAAUCAUUUGUUACUUUUAUUUCAUAUUAUUUUAUAUUGUAUUUUGUGUGAUUUUUUGGUAUUCUUUCUUAAAACUGCAUUGUUGGUUAAGGGCUUGUAAGUGAGCAUUUCACUGUAAGGUCUACACCUGUUGUAUUCGGCGCAUGUGACAAAAAUUUGAUUUGAUUUAAUCAAAACAGUUGCUUUGUGAGAUGGUGUUAAAGUUCACAGUUAGCCAUUGUUAUGUAAAUGUCAGCUGAAAUGUACCAGUGGCCUGGCUUUGGCCCCAAGUGAGAGCAGGUCUGCCGGAGCCAUGGCCCAGUCAGCCAUGGGUGCCGGUCUGCGUAGAUGGAAACAGAAAAGUCUGAGCCUUUUGGGUUAAACACUGGGGUAAAUCCUGUAUGGAAAUGCACCACAAUGGAGUGGGUGAGAUUAGCCAUUUAUUUCACCAUUAGCACUCAGCUGAGUGAGAUUUAGGGCCUUGUGUGUGAGAGGGAGUAGGGCCGAAUCAGGGGGGCGGGGUGAUCGCACAAGCCCCCCUGCCGUGCUCCAUCCCCUGGCCACACACACACUACGUACCCAAGUAACCAGGGAGCGCUGUGGCCCAGUCCUGGAAUGUGGCCUGCUGUCUGGCCAACAGAGCUGUUAAACAACACCCUGGCUUUGUCUCCUUUUCACUGCGUCCCAAACAAACAACACACACUGGCACACUCUCUGUCCAUCAUACACACAAACAAACACUCACUGGCUCUCACUCUCUCGUGGGUUCCUUCAUGCACCUGCAGUCACACAACAACACACAGGCUUACAUCUUCUGACACACAGGAUAUCCUGUUCUAAAUCAUGCUCUUUCACAAACCCACUCUGUUCUCAGCUAUAUAAUAAUAAUAAUAUGCCAUUUAGCAGACGCUUUUAUCCAAAGCGACUUACAGUCAUGGUUACCAAUUCACAAAUGUAGAAGCACAAUACAUAUGUAUUCUAGUGGUUAGUGUUGGGCCAGUAACCGAAAGGUCGCUGCUUGGAAUACCUGAGCCAGCAAGGUGAAAAAUCUGUCAAUGUGCCAUUGAGCAAGGCACUUAACCCUAAUUUGCUCCAGGUGCGCUGUACUACUAUGGCUGACCCUGUAAAACAACACAUUUCACUGCACCUAUCUGGUGUAUGUGACAAUAAAACAUAUUUAUAUCCUGAAUGAAGGUAUUAUGUUCACACAGACUCACAGUUAUAUUUUCCCCUGUCUUUCUCCUCAGGUAAAAUGACUUCCUUCUCUGCUCUAGAUGAAGAAAUUGACUUCCUUCACUCUGUCAUUGCCAAACAGGAAGUGUCGGAGGUCAAACAACCAAAACAAUCAGGUGAGCCUUACAUUCUGUUGUCACGGUCGUUGAUGAACGGGUCAGACCAAGGCGCAGCGUGAAAUGCAUACAUGUUUAUUGAACUGAAUAAACAUACAAAAAAACAACAGGCAACGAAACAUGGCGUCGGAAGGCUAUACACUAACAAGCCCAAUCUCACCGAACACAAACAAGAUCCCACAACACAGGCAGGAAAACUGGCUGCCUAAGUAUGAUCCCCAAUCAGAGACAACGAGCGACAGCUGCCUCUGAUUGGGAAUUACACCCGGCCAAACAUAGAAAUGCAAACAUAGAAUGUCACCAUAGAAAACACACACAUGAUAUACACACCCUGACCAAACUAACUAGAGUUCUAUAGGUCAGGGCGUGACAUCUGUAUGCAUUUCUAUGCAUUUUUUGGAUGUUUCAGUUACUUUUCUAUAGAUGCGUGUCGCUAUAUCUAAAACGUUAUCUACACCACAAUAAUAUGAAUGUCUCUGUCUCUCUCUUUCACUCUCUUUUGCUCUCUCUCUCGCUCUCUCUUGCUCUCGCUCGCUCUCUCGCUCUCUCACUCUCUCACUCUCUCGCUCUUAAUCUUUCAAUCUCUCUCUCUCUCUUAAUCUUUCAAUCUCUCUCUUUCUCUCCCAGAAACCCGUUCCAAGGGAGCUAGGACUCAGACGGAGGCUCUCAGAAUGAGAGGCCAGGUCCAACCCUCUGUGGGGCAGCCCACCACCACCCAGCCCUCCACCCAGACCCCCCAGCCUGCCACUGGGGCUCUGGGGAGGGUUGGAGCGGGAGGACCUGAUGGCCUCAUAGCCAUCCCAUACCCCUCCAAGGACAGUCUCCUCGUCAGUAAGUGGCUUUAUGAGUUGAAAAUAGAGACACGUUUAUGACGUAAGACCAGCAUGGAGCACCCAGGCCAGCUCUACUAAACCGCCUUAGUAUGAUGCAAAUAUACAAAACUAUUUAUAAAGGAUUGAAAGUGAUUUGAUUUCAUCUGCAGUUACACACAAUUUCAUAAUUUCUCCUCCUUUUAUGUGUAAUUUGUGUUCACUCUAUCCUUUUCUCUGUUUGUGUCCACCUCUGCAGUUAUGAUCUCUGUGUGUGUCAUCGUUGGCGCCACGGCCUUGAUCUUGGCUACUGUUUUCUGGGUCAGGUAAGACAUCAGAUAAGGGCCUCCCGAGUGGCGCAGCGCUCUAAGGCACUGCAGUGCUUGAGGCGUUAGGGGAGGGUUUGGCCGGCUGGGAUGUCCUUGUCCCAUCGCGCUCUAGCAACUCCUGUGGCGGGCCGGGCGCAUGCACGCUGACACGGUCGCCAGUUGUACGGUGUUUCCUCCGACACGUUGGUGCGGCUGGCUUCCAGGUUAAACGAGCAGUGUGUCAAGAAGCAGUGCAGCUUGGCAGGGUUGUGUUUCUGAGGACGCAUGGCUCUCGACCUUCGCCUCUCCCGAGUCCGUACGGGAGUUGCAGCGAUGGAACAAGACUGUAACUACCAAUUGGGGAGAAAAAGGGGUAAAUAAAAUAAAAGACAUCAGACAAUAACAUUCUAUUUACAGAUGCACUACAAUAUAUAUGAUUAUGCUAUUACUCAAUUUGACUACUAAGAUGUGCUAGACUCCACUGUUUUACUGGUAAGUGUUGUUGUUGGAGCAUGUUAGAUCACUUUUUAGAACAUUUUAUGAAAGAUAAAUUGAAGCACUGCACUGUUAGGCUGCAUCCCAAAUGGCACCCUACUUCCUAUAGUGCACUACAUUUGAGGCUCUGGUCAAAAGAAGUGCACUAUAUAGGGAAUAGGUUGCCAUUGGGACGAAUCCUCAGUCCAUAAUGCAGUUGUUUUGGGAUAUUUUGCAUGCUGUUCCUUCUCCAGUCUCUGAAUUUCUAAUGUCCCAGAAUAAUGUUGCCCCUACAGGUUGCAGAAGGAAUCACGUCUGGCCCAGAAGGUAGAUUACCCUGCAUUUGGAGGCCAUGGGAAUGGAACAGCCAACAGGACUUCAGUAAGUACAUUGUCCUUCAUGGGGCACCAUACAUCCACCUCAGAUAAAUCAGAGAGGAAGGGGUUUUCUCGUUUGGGCAAAAGUUUAUCCUCCGUCCUCUCUCCUUUGUCCUCUCUUCCGUAACCCGGAAACCGAUAAGUGUUUGAGGUCGAGGAGUGUGUAAAUUCAUUAGUAGGUAAAUGGAAGAGUGUCCUCCUCUCCACGAUAGCCACCUUUCAUCAAGGAUAUUCAUUUGUAUACUAACGCGGAAGAGUUUUCAAAUAUGCCACGCCCUUUGAAUCAGCUUUUGUUUUGUCAGAGGAGAAAAACAUGCACACGUUUAAAAACAACAUGCUACUUAUUGUUUUAUCUAUAAAAUGUCUUGCACAACAAACUUAAUUUGUUUUGAGCACUUUACACAUUUAUUUUGGGAUCCAUCCCUGUAAACGUAAUUUGUCUAGUGGAGAAGGACAGUGUCGUUUCAAGCAAGCGCUUUUUCAUCCAUGUUCACGCUCCUUGCUGACUGUCAUUUAACUUUGACCCUUUUCAAAAGGAGGCGAGAGAGAGCGGAGGAGAUGUGAACAAAUCGAAUUGAUAAAAGGCAGAAAAUGUGAAGCGGGAGGACUGAAUCUCUCUCGCCUCUCAUAGACGCCCCAAAAUCUGUCAGUGCGAAUAAAGCAUGAAACAGACAAGUGGGGAAUUUUUGUAUGGAGGUCUAUGAGAGAGUGUAAAACUUGAUCAACCUAAAAAUGAAUUGCUAAUUGAGGUUUAUUUGAUCGAAUAGAAGUUUCAUAAUGUUUAGGUUGUUACGAAUGUACUGAAAUAAGUGGACGCAGGUGGCAUCCUGGCAGUUUUAAAUCGGAGUUGUGCCUGUUGUUCACAUGCGUAUCUGCCCUCUCAUUAGCUAGAAUGUUCCUACCUCCUCCCACCUGCCUUCCACCUUUGCAGACAUGUAUACCCAUUGUAAGAGCAGACAGUCCAAUAUCUCAAUACAGUGCAUUCGGAAAGUAUUCAGACCCCUUCCCUUUUUCCACAUUUUGUUACGUUACAACCUUAUUCUAAAAUGGAUUAAAUAAAUAAAGAAUCCUCAUCAAUCUACACACAAUACCCCAUAAUGACAAAGCGAAAACAGGUUUUUAGAAAUAUUUGCAAAUUAAAAACAAAAAUACCUUAUUUACAUAAGUAUUCAGACCCUUUGCUAUGAGACUCGAAAUUGAGCUCAGGUGCAUCCUGUUUCCAUUCAUCAUCCUUGAGAUGUUUCUACAACUUGAUUGGAGUCCACCUGUGGUAUAUUCCAUUGAUUGGACAUUAUUUGGAAAGGGACACACCUGUCUACAUAAGGUCUCACAGUUGACAGUGCAUGUCAGAGCAAAAACCAAGCCAUGAGGUCGAAUAAAUAAUCCGUAGAGCUCCGAGACAGGAUUGUGUUGAGGCACAGAUCUGGGGAAGGGUACCAAAAAAUGUCUGCAGCAUUGAAGGUUCCCAAGAACACAGUGGCCUCCAUCAUUCUUAAAUGGAAGAAGUUUGGAACCACCAAGACUCUUCCUAGAGCUAGCCGCCGGCUAAACUGAGCAAUCGGGGGAGAAGGGCCUUGGUCAGGGAGGUGACCAAGAACAAGGUGGUCACUCUGCCAGAGCUCCAGAGUUCCUCUGGGGAGAUGGGAGAACCUUCCAGAAGGACAACCAUCUCUGCAGCACUCCACUAAUCAGGCCUUUAUGGUAGAGUGGCCAGACGGAAGCCACUCCUCAGUAAAAGGCACAUAACAGCCUGCUUGGAGUUUGCCAAAAGGCACCUAAGAGACUCUCAGACCAUGAGAAACAAGAUUCUCUGGUCUGAUGAAACCAAGGUUGAACUUUUUGGCCUGAAUGCCAAGCGACAUGUCUGGAGGAAACCUAGCACCAUCCCUACGGUGAUCAUGCUGUGGGGAUGAUAUUCAGCGGCAGGGAUUUGGAGUCUAGUCAGGAUCGAGGGAAAGAUGAACUGAGCAAAGUACAGAGAUCCUUGAUGAAAACCUGCUCCAGAGCACUCAGGACCUCAGACUGGGGUGAAGGUUCACCUUCCAACAGGACAACGACCCUAAGCACAGAGCCUGGACUUGAACCCGAUUUAACGUCUCUGGAGAGACCUGAAAAUAGCUGUGCAGCUAUGCUCCCCAUUCAACCUGACAGAGCUUGAAAGGAUCUGCAGAGAAGAAUGGAAGAAACUCCCCAAAUACAGGUGUGCCAAUCUUGUAGCAUCAUACCCAAGAAAAGUUGAGGCUGGAAUCGCUGCCAAAGGUGCUUCAACAAAGUACUGAGUAAAGGGUCUGAAUACUUAUGUAAAUGUCAUAUUUUAUUUAUUUAUUUUUAAUACAUUUGCAAAAAUGUCUAAAACCUGUUUUUGCUUUGUCAUAAUGGGGUAUUGUGUGUAGAUUGAUGAGAUAUAUAUAUAUAUUAAUCGAUUUUCCAAUAAGGUUGUAACGUAACAAAAUGUGGAAAAAGUCAAGCGGUCUGACUACUUUCCAAAUGCACUGUAUAUAUCAGUGGUGGCCUGUGCCGUUUAAGAUGAGGGAGGAAGAUGAGGGAGGACGCUUGUGGACUUCAGUGCACAACACAUCAGCUGUCUGUGACCAAGCGAAAAAACCUUUCCAAGCCAAACCAUCAUAUCAUAACCACUAACCCCUACACACAGCCUACAUCAUUGUCACCAUAGCUAACGUCAAGUCAACAUAGCUACUAGAACUAUCGCAUUAGUAAAUCCACUACAUGCAGUACAGUGUACAGUUAGCAAGCAGUUUAGCAGUUACACCUGCGGGCCCCAGUGGAAAUACAUUUGAUAAAACCAAAAGCUUACCUUGACUUGGAAGAGUUCCAGUGUUGGAUAGCCAUAGCCAGCUAGGUAACAUAGAUUCCCUCUCUGUUUGCGUUGGGUGUUUGAGUAGGCUAAACUAGCUAGCUGCAUUCACUAGCUAAGUAAGUGAAAGUGAAAGAAAAAAAGUAUAUAUAGCUUGCUCUCUCUCUCUAUCUUUCUUGCUUCUCCUUCAUUUUAGAAUAAAUUUUCAAUAACUUUUCAACUGUUGUCUUUCUCGUUUGAGUCAACUACUCAUGACAUUUUAUGCACUGCAGUGCUAGCUAGCUGUAACUUAUGCUUUCAGUCCUAGAUUCAUUCUCUGAUCUUUUGAUUGGAUGGACAACAUGUCAAUUCAUGCUGCAAGAACUCUGAUAGGUUUGAGGACGUCCUCUGGAAGUUGUCAUAAUUACUGUGUAAGUCUAUGGAAGGGGGUGAGAACCACGAACAUCCUAGAUUUUGUAUUGAAGUCAGUGUACCCAGAGGAGGACGGAAACUAGCUGUCCUCCGGCUACACCAUGGUGCUACCCUACAGAGUGCCGUUGAGGCUACUGUAGACCUUCAUUGCAAAACAGUGUGUUUUAAUCAAUUAUUUGUUGACGUGAAUAUAUUUAGUGUAGUUUUAUCUAAAAAGGAUAACUUUUCUAAUGUUUCUCUAUUUUAAUUUUUAUUAAAUGGUCCUCCCCUUCCUCCUCUGAGGAGCCUCCACUGAUAUAUCAAUCUUGAACAGGAUUAGGCCUAUCUAUUUUGGAUGCAAUUUGAAUGGAAUUGAUGGAGAGAGAGAAAGACUGUGAGAGAGUGCUCGCGUGCGCACUGAUUUAAAACAACGAUAUUCAAGAGUUUUAAAACUCUGCAGCUGCAAUUUUUUAAAAAAAUGCAUCUUUACAAUGAAAAACUAAGGUGACCUCCAAAAGCCAGAUGGAGAUGUGUGGAAAAAUGAAUGGUGGAAAAAAUAUUGGAACCAUUUCACUGUUUGACCACUAGGUUUUACGGGUAUUAUGACACCUCCACUGUGGGGCUGUAGAGGCUAUGCUGCAGCAAAUGUCGUCCUACCUUUCGCAAGAAAUAAAGUUACCAUGAUGAAAUAAUACCUGCAUUGUGAUCUGUGCUCCAUACUGAUGCGCUGUCUGUCCCCACCCUGAGCAUUGAUAGAAGAGUAGGCCGUGGCCUGUAGAGCAGUGGAGGCUCCUCAGAGGAGGAAGGGGACGACCAUCCUCUUCAGUGAAUUGUAUAAAAAUAAAAAUAGUGAAACAUUAAAAAAGUUAUCCUUUUUAGAUAAAACUAUACAAAAUAUAUUCACGUCAACAAAUAAUUGAUUAAAACACACUGUUUUGCAAUGAAGAUCUACAGUAGCCUCAACGGCACUCUGUAGGGUAGCACCAUGGUGUAGCCGGAGGACAGCUAGUUUCCGUCCUCCUCUGGGUACAUUGGCUUCAAUACAAAACCUAGAAGGCUCAGGGUUCUCACCCCGUUCCAUAGACUUACACAGUAAUUAUGACAACUUCCGGAGGGCGUCCUCCAACCUAUCAGAGCUCUUGCAGCAUGAACUGAUAUGUUGUCCACCCAAUCAAAGUGGACUUACUAAUGCGUUAGUUCUAGUAGCUAUGUUGACUUGACGUUAGCUAUGGUGACAACGAUGUAGGCUGUGUGUAGGGGUUAGUGGUUAUGAUAUGAUGGUUUGGCUUGGAUAGGUUUUUCCGCUUGGUCACAGACAGCUGAUGUGUUGUGCACUGAAGUCCACAAGCGUCCUCCCUCAUCUUCCUCCCUCAUCUGAAAAGGCACAGGCCACCACUGAUAUAUACAAUGCAUUUGGAAAGUAGUCAGACCGCUUGACUUUUUCCACAUUUUGUUACGUUACAGCCUUAUUCUAAAAUGUAUUCAAUUGUUUUUUUCCCUCAUCAAUCUACACACAAUACCCCAUAAUGACAAAGCAAAAACAGGUUUUUAUAAAUUUUUGCAAAUGUAUAAAAUAAAAUAAACUGAAAUAUCACAUUUACAUAAGUAUUCAGACCCUUUACUCAGUACUUUGUUGAAGCACCUUUGGCAGCAAUUACAGCCUCAAGUCUUCUUGGGUAUGACGCUACAAGCUUGGCACACCUAUAUUUGGGGAGUUUCUCCCAUUCUUCUCUGCAAAUCCUUUCAAUCUCUGUCAGGUUGGAUGGGGAGCGUUGCUCCACAGCUAUGUUCAGGUCUCUCCAGAGAUGUUCGAUCGGGUUCAUGUCCGGGCUCUGGCUGGGCCACUCAAGGACAUUCAGAGACUUGUCCCGAAGCCACUCCUGUGUUGUCUUGGCUGUGUACUUAGGGUUGUUGUCCUGUUGGAAGAUGAACCUUCACCCCAGUCUGAGGUCCUGAGCGCUCUGGAGCAGGUUUUCAUCAAGGAUCUCUCUGUACUUUGCUCCGUUCAUCUUUCCCUCGAUCCUGACUAGUCUCCCAGACCCUGCAGCUGAAAAACAUCCCCACAGCAUGAUGCUGCCACCACCAUGAUUCAUUGUAGGUGGCAGGUUUCCUCCAGACGUGACACUUGGCAUUCAGGCCAAAAAGUUACAUCUUGGUUUCAUCAGACCAGAGAAUCUUGUUUCUCAUGGUCUGAGAGUCUUUAGGUGCCUUUUAGCAAACUCUAAGUGGGCUGUCAUGUGCCUUUUACUGAGGAGUGGCUUCUGUCUGGCCACUCUACCAUAAAGGCCUGAUUGGUGGAGUGCUGCAGAGAUGGUUGUCCUUCUGGAAGGAUUUCCCAUCUCCACAAAGGAACUCUGGAGCUUUGUCUGAGUGACCAUCAGGUUCUUGGUCACCUCCCUGACCAAGGCCCUUCUCCCCCGAUUGCUCAGUUUGGCCAGGCGACCAGCCUUAGGAAGAGUCUUGGUGGUUCCAAACUUCUGCCAUUUAAGAAUGAUGGAGGCCAAUGUGUUCUUGGGGACCAAUGCUGCAGACAUUUUUUGAUACCCUUCCCCAGAUCUGUGCCUCAACACAAUCCUCUCUUGGAGCUCUACGGACAAUUCCUUUGACCUCAUGGCUUGGUUUUUGCUCUGACAUGCACUGUCAACUGUGGGACCUUACAUAGACAGGUGUGUGCCUUUCCAAAUCAUGUCCAAUCAAUUGUAUUUACCACAGGUGGACUCCAAUCAAGUUGUAGAAACAUCUCAAGGAUGAUCAGUGGAAACAGGAUGCACCUGAGCUCAAUUGCGAGUCUCAUAGUAAAGGGUCUGAAUACUUAUGUAUAUAAGGUAUUUCUGUUUUUUAUUUGUAAUAAAUGUGCAAACAUUUCUAAAAACCUGUUUUCGCUUUGUCAUUAUGGGGUAUUGUGUGUAGAUUGAUUAGGGGAAAUUUAAUUUAAUCAAUUUUAGAAUAAGGCUGUAACGUAGCAAAAUGUGGAAAAAGUAAAAGGGUCUGAAUACUUUCCAAAGGCACUUUAUCAAAGGCUAUGUAUUGGAUAAUGGCACAAUCAUUUGGGCUUUUUUGGGCUUGGGAUCAUAAAAUGUCUUUAAUGUAGGGCUCAUCAGGCUCAGGCUGCAUCAGGCAAAGCUCUAAUCAAAUCCAUACAUAUGUACAGUAUAUGCUUUACAGUAUAUGCUUUAUAAUGACACUUCCAGUUUUGGCGGGAAAUACCAGGUUACCCAGGAGAAAAGUGAUUUAUUCUUGGGAUGGAACAUUUGUAAAAUACUGGGAAAAUAUUCAACCCUUUUUUUCAUGUGCCUCUCCUCUCCUCUUCCCUUUCCUCCUCAGUCGGGGGAUAAGAAGUUGGCCCAGAGUGCUCAGAUGUACCACUAUCAGCAUCAGAAACAGCAGAUGCUAUCCAUGGAAAAGUGAGCUCUACUCCUCCUACUGUCACUUUCAGUCUCUCUCUCUCUCUCUUUCUCUCUUUCAUUCUUUCUUUCUUUUUCUCCCACAAUUCAGUUCCACUCAAAUAUGAAUAAAUACACAUAUUCAUCCUGGUGCAUUCUGUUGUUUCUCAGUCAUAAAUCGGAACCGAAAGUCACUGACUCAGAAGUCACAUCAGAUGAGGAGGAAGUGGACGGAGACUUCACUGUGUACGAGUGCCCUGGACUGGCACCGGUGGGUGUGCUACUACUACACACACACACACACACACACACACACACACACACACACACACACACACACACAUAAUAUAUGCACACAAAUUAUUGUUUAACACACAAUAUUCACAUUGAUGAUGACUUUGUUUGUGUUUGGCUUUUAACAACAACGUUUUUGUUUCAUUGCAGACUGGAGAGAUGGAAGUGAAGAAUCCUUUGUUUAACGACUCUACCCUACACUACCAGGGGAAUCCCAAGUGA